AUGAUUGUCUCGGGAAAACGAAAUAUGCAAUGGAUAAGCGCUGUACGGGAUUACCACCUGACCAAAAACUGCCGUUCGGAUUGGUGGUGGCAGCAGCGCGUACGAGCGAGUUGGAGUGCAGAAAGCGACGAAGCUCGAAACGUAUUUGGAGACGAUUCAACAAUGAUUGGUGAAGCUCUCGAAGUGGGUUCAGAUUCUCGCUAUCAGUGCUCGACUUCACGUACAAUUGCUAGUGGAGUUGAGACAGUCAGGCAGACCACCGAGGGGCCGGAACGCAGUUCUCCUGGAAACUCUGAGUCUCCCACCGACUCGGGCUCCGGAGACCCAUGCGAGGCCGCACUAACUACUAUCACAUUUAAGCACCCUGCGGAGAGGUAAAUUGCUCGCUAUGCGCUCGCGCAGGGAGGGUUAUGCAGUCCUUCCUAAGCGCGAAAGACGCUAAAACGCACGUAACAGAGACGCACCCAGAAGUACAACGUACUGGGAAUGUCCGCACUGUGACAGAAAGAGCACGACCACAUCGGGAAUUUCGAACCAUCUUCGAUCAUGCCGAC